GUGAGAGGAGCCCUUAUAAGUGAUGAGAUGAGAGCUGAGGCCACUUCCUGCAGCAGCUGUGUUCAGGCUUUACUUGUGGAACUAGAAAAAUGUCUGAUCCAAAAGAGCGCAACCUGCAAAACGUGAUGGAGGCUAUGAUCCAAGUGUUUCACUCCUACUCUGCAAAAGAAGGUGACAAGUACAAGCUGAGCAAAGUGGAGCUGAAGAGCCUGUUACAGGGAGAAUUCGGUGAUUUCCUGACAUGCAGCAAAGACCCCCUGGUGGUCGAGAAAAUUAUGGCUGACCUGGAUGACAACAAAGAUGGUCAGGUGGACUUCCAGGAGUUCAUCCUUCUGGUUGCUGCGCUGACUGUCGCCUGCAAUGAAUUCUUCAAAGACUACCCUACUGACAGUGGUUCCAAGAAAGACUGAAAGUCUAAUACUCAACAUUAAAUUGAUACCCAUUUCCUUCAACAAUUUAUAACGAUGUUGGUCAUUUUAGAGAAGUAAAGGUUUGAAUCAUUCCUUGUAAUGUUGCAUAUUAAGAUACAUCACUGCAAACCAACUGAGAUCUUCUUUUCUUUUGGUCCUUGAGAAGUCCAUCUAAAUAAAUAUGUCACCCUGUU